UAUGAGAAGAUCCAUGCGUGUGUAAAUGAUUGUUGCCUAUUCAGAAAGAAGUACAAGAAGCUCGAUAAUUGUCCAAAAUGCAAGGCUUCAAGGUGGAAGGUUAACAUGCACACUGGUGAAGUAAAGAAAGGUGUCCCACAGAAAGUAUUGAGAUACUUUCCAAUAAUCCCACGGCUUAAGAGAAUGUUCAGAACUGUGGAAAUGGCGAAGGACUUAAGGUGGCAUUUUAGUAACAAGAGCAGCGAUGGAAAACUCCGUCAUCCUGUAGAUUCUGUUACUUGGAAAAAAAUGGAUGACAAAUACCCUUCCUUUGCAGCUGAAGAAAGGAACAUCCGGCUUGGACUUUCCACAGAUGGAUUUAAUCCGUUCAACAUGAAGAAUACUAGGUAUAGUUGUUGGCCUGUUCUGUUAGUUAAUUAUAAUCUGCCUCCUCACUUAUGUAUGAAGAAGGAGAACAUCAUGCUUACCUUGUUGAUUCCUGGACCACAACAGCCUGGUAAUAGUAUUGAUGUUUACUUAGAACCACUAAUAGAUGAUUUAAACCAUCUGUGGAAGAAGGGAGAGUUGACUUAUGAUGCCUUUAGUAAAAAUAUUUUUACUCUUAAGGCAAUGCUUCUUUGGACUAUUAGUGAUUUUCCUGCUUAUGGAAAUCUUGCAGGCUGCAAAGUUAAGGGUAAAAUGGGAUGUCCUAUAUGUGGAAAAAACACAGAUAGUAUGUGGCUGAAAUUUAGCAGAAAGCAUGUUUUUAUGUGUCAUAGAAAGGGAUUAGCACCAACACAUAGUUAUCGGGAUAAGAAGGCAUGGUUUGAUGGGAAAGCUGAACAUGGGAGAAAGGCUAGAAUAUUAACUGGUCGUGAAAUUUCCCAAAAUCUGAGAAACUUCAAAAACGAUUUUGGUAAUGCUAAAGAAUCUGGAAGGAAGAGAAAAAGGACUGAAUAUCUUGACUCAGGAUCUGAUAUUGAUGAUGAAUCCAGUGAAUCAGAAGAAGAGGAAGAAGUAGCAGUUGACGAGGAAGAAUUAUCAAGAUGGAAGAAAAGAUCCAUUUUGUUCAAGCUGGAGUAUUGGGAGGUAUGUUUAAUUGAUUAACUUUCAGAAUUAGUCAAUUAUACUAUGGGUUUAAGUUUGGUUUUGUUGUAUUUGCUAGGAUCUCCCGGUGAGACAUAAUUUGGAUGUAAUGCAUGUAGAGAGAAAUGUGGCUGCAAGCAUUGUCUCUACAUUGUUGCAUUGUGGAAAAUCAAAGGAUGGUCUUAAUGCUCGUAAAGAUUUGCAAGAACUUGGGAUAAGAAAGGAUUUACAUCCUAGUACACAAGGAAAGAGAACUUACCUUCCAGCAGCUCCUUGGUCUUUAUCAAAGAAAGAGAAGAAAAUUUUCUGCAAGCGGCUUUUUGAUUUUAAAGGUCCAGAUGGAUAUUGCUCUAAUAUAUCAAGGGGUGUAUCAUUAGAGGAGUGUAAGAUAACAGGUCUCAAAUCACAUGAUUAUCAUGUAUUGAUGCAACAGCUACUCCCAGUUGCACUUAGAGGAUUGUUACCAAAAGGACCUAGGACAGCAAUCUUUCGCUUAUGCGCAUUCUUCAACAUGUUGUGUCAGCGAGUUAUUGACAGGGAGCAGAUUUCAGUAAUGGAAGCUGAAAUAGUUGAAACUCUCUGUAUGUUUGAAAGAUUUUUCCCACCCAGCUUCUUUGAUAUCAUGGUACACUUGACAGUUCAUCUAGGAAGGGAAGCUCGUCUUGGAGGACCAGUCCAUUUUAGAUGGAUGUACCCAUUUGAAAGGUACAUGAAAGUUCUGAAAGACUUUGUUAGAAAUCCUGCA